AGUAACAUGCGUUUAGUUAGACUUUAGCCGCCAGUCCGCACAGAACUACCGACUAGCUAACACGCCACCACGUGCAGGAGCCGCACCGACGUGGCGUGAUGUCCACAGAAUAAAAAAAGCCGGCCGUGCACCUAUUGAAAAGUGACAGUGCGUCAGUGAGAAGAUUUUGUGUCGGGAUUUUUAAAUAGGACUUCGUAACUUUUUUCCGCUAUUACGAAAACGAAAUCAACGUAUACAUUUUUUUUUCAGUUUGCACAACAUUAUUUCGAAGUGCAAGACGUGGGAUGUCUUGAUCGUUGGAGCUUAUAUUGUAUGGUGGCGUCUGAGUGACUAAGAUGGCGUGGCUUUCUAUUUAUGUCUACCUUCUUGCCGCAUCCUUGCUUCUAUCACCAACAUUGGCGGCUGUCUGCCCUGAUGGCUGUGUUUGCAGUACAACGCGGGAUGGACUUCACCGGGUCACUUGCAGUAACCUCGCCGAACUCUACAAAUAUUCUCUCCGACAGAAACAUCAUAAUAUAAAUAUUCUUGAUCUCUCACAUAAUAAUAUUACUAAAAUCACUCAUGAGUUAGACAGGUUGACUGAAGUGGUAACGCUUGAUUUGUCUACUAACGGUCUCACUAAACUUAACAAAUUUUUGCAUAAUGCAAAAAAAUUAGUUCACCUAAAUCUAGCUCACAACAGAAUACAAAAACUCUCAUUGACGUAUCUGCCCACAAGUGUUAGUUCUUUGGAUUUAUCUGGUAAUCUUUUAAAAGAUGUGCCUUCAGACAUAGCUCAUUUACCUAGCUUAGAACAUUUGGAAUUAAAUGGAAAUCCUUUGGAAUGUUCUUGCGACAAUAUUGUUGCUAGAAAUCAUUUACUGGCUGCGAAUGUAUAUAUCGAUAACGUGAAAUGCCACACACCAGUACACUUAAAAGGCCGUUCUUGGUUGGAACUAAAAACAAAAGACAUUUGCAAAAUUGCGAAACCGGAUUUCAUGGAUAUGAUGAUGGGCGACCAGCCUAUCGAUGCUGUUCGAAUUGGUGAAGAAACGACGGCUCUGAAAUCUAUGUCUUUAGUAGCUAGUAGCGAUCUCGAUGAAGGAAAAAUUAUCCACGGUGCGGAUUUAGUGGAAGAUGAUGACAGUUUACAGUUUAUGAAAGUCGGUCAUUUUUCAACGCCAUCACCUAUUAAUGAGAUCGAAGGAUCGGGUGAUGCUGAAAGUACUACAAUUAGUGAUGUAAUAGAGCCUGUGCAAGAACGUAAAAUGCUUGGUAACUUAUUCGCAAAUGAGGAAAUUUUACCUGCAGAGAAUACUCAUACUACAGAUGACCCUAUGGAGGGAUCCGGCGAAGGAUCAGGUUUCUUCAUACCCGACUAUGAAGAAAUAAGUGAAAAGAAUGUGGAAACGACUACACCUAUAAUUAGCGAACUAAGCCCUGAUCCAGUUGAAAGAAUAUUUAACGAUGAUGAAAAUUCUACUGAAUUAGAAUUUCCAAUGCACGUACCACCAACGAUAUAUCAGGGUGGUCCAGACUGGCACAGCAAAACUGAUCCCGAAGUAGUUACAGGGAGAUCAGCUACUCCCGAAGUUACAAGAGAUACGACUGUAUCUGAGCAAAUUCGAGUAACUCAAGCAUCUGAAGUUCUGGGUCAAGCACCGUCUAAUGAGGAGAAUGUAGUUCCACACAAGACUGGAACUUAUGUUUGUAUUGCGUUAAUUAUUGUUUUACUUGUCGGUUUAAUUGGAUUUGCUAUAACUAAAGGGCAAAUGAGGAAACGAAGAGACAGAAGACUUUUAAGACAGCAAAAGAGAGACGUAGAGAAGGCUUCUAAAGAAAUGGUAGACAUGAAUAAAUCCUUAUUAGGAAAACCUGCUGCAAUAGAAAAUCCUGCGGAAAAAAAAGUUAAUGGGAAAUAUGAACUUGUACCUACUCAUGAAACACAUCAGAAAAAAAGUGAAAAUGGCGAUGUUGGAAACGGUAUAAAACGCAAUGAAACCGAGGAUCUUAGAACUGAUAGCCCUCGUGAUACAAAUCAAAACAAGAGCAGUUCAAUUGAUAAUAAUUUAGCUCAUGAACACCAAAUACCACAACAAGAAACGUCAUUUGAAUCUGACAUAGGAGCGAAUUCUAGAAAAGAUACUAAUUCUUUGUCCAGUGAGGAUAUAUUUGUACCUAUAAAUGAUGAUGACAAUCCGAGGUUGAAUCGCAAUCGAGAUUCAGACGUAUCCCAACCACUUAUUAACGGAGAUCCUACAGUCGACUGUGAUUAUUUGUCACCUUCACGUGAAUAUGUUCCGGUAUAUUCUCCCGACAUGGGACGAGUUCGUAUAAAAAUAACAGAAACUCCCAAGCCUAAAACACCAGUGCUAGUCACCAGAAGUAGGUCAAAUGCCGGAGACAUAAUUAUUACACCUUCACAGGACGGAAACGCGCCAAAAUCAACUACUUGAAAUUUUGCCUCAUUGAACAGGAUAAGAACAAUUUGUAGAUAUCAGUGUCAAUUAGCAAAGUUUUCACUAUUGGCGAAAUUCUGUGAUUAUUCCGUGUGUGUGAGUGAGGGAACUCUUGUUUUUGAGGGUCUGAAGAUUUUGACUGUAUUAAGUACUGCCAAAGUGUGUUUGUAGUCGACAGUGCCUUUAUUGUAAUUUUGUUAGUGGUAUAAAUAUAUUUAUGAGAGCAUAUUGUGCGAUAAGUAAAAAUAUUUUUAUACGUGUAAAAAUGUUGCCAUGUUCAUUAUAGAUAUAAAAUUUGUUAAAAUGGUUACAAAAAUCGUCUCGUUUAAAACUUAUUAUGGUAACACAAAUUGUACAAUCUUGUAUUGUAUUCUUUACUAGGUUUUUGGUUACUUUGGGUACAAUUCUUGAGUUGUCAAUGGUUGUGUACUUACCUAUAUCACUCUGAAUAUCGCAUGCGAACGGAAAUGUAGAACAACGAAUGGUUUUACUGAUUGUCGUCCAUCAUAUUAUACCAUCCUACUUUAGAGAGAUACAUUCUUGGUCUAUGCAUAAGUUCCUUAUGAGUAAUUUUAUUAAAUUAUUAGUUAUCUAAGAUUGUGAUACCAUUUAUAUUAAGUAACCAUGCUAUUAAGGUAAUAUGUAUGCAGAAAAUAAUUAAUUCAUUGUAUAUUUGUUUAGUUAGUUUUAUUUGAAAUUAUUUUACAUUGUAAUAAGAUGUUUUAAUUGCUGUAUCACUCUGCUUUUGCUGACUUAUAAUUCAUGUUUCCAUAAUUUAUCGACUUAUAUAUUUUUUUAGAAACGAACAUUCUUCAAUAUUAUGAUUCAAAAUAUAGAACAAUAAAGUAUUUCAAUGUAAAGAGAUUUAUAAUUCAUGUAUUUUUAUUUC